AUGCCCGCCUCAGUCCUCUACCUCAACGCCUUCCCCGGCUCCGGCAAGCUAACAAUCGCCAGGCACCUCGCACCUCUCAUAGUCAGCUCCAGGAUUCUCGACAACCACCAACUCAUUGACCCCGUUGAGUCCUACUGCCCUCGCGGCCACCCAAAGUACUGGGACGAGCGCGCCAAGCUUCGUCAGAAGCUCCUUGCAAGGGUCAAAGAGGAUCCUGAGACUGUUUAUAUCUUCACAGAUAGUCGAGCGGGAUACGAUGAGUGUGUGGGGGACUAUAUGGAUUUGGCCUUGUGGCCUACGAACAGGAGGUUCUACAGUGUUGUACUGGAGUGCGACGAGGGGGAAAACGUCAGAAGGCUGGAGAGUGAAGGCAGGAAAGGUGGCAAGCUAAGGGAUGCGGAAGUGUUGUUGGAGUACAGAAGGAAGUACCACGGUGGCAUUUGGAAGUUUGGUGAUGAGGAUGAGUUGGUGCUUGAUGUUACCAAUCUCGCGCCAGCUGAGGCGGCGAGGAUCAUCUUCCAGUGGUGGAGUCCUAGGGAGAUGGAGGGACGGUGUCGUGAUGGUGAGUAUGAUCUUUGA